AUGGGUGAUGAACCUGAGCAAGAUUUUUCUAUACAAGAGGGGUUUGAGAUUAAAAGGAUAAAAAAUGACAAGACUAGGGUAACUGCUAAAUGUGCAGCAGAUGGUUGCUCAUGGCGCAUCCAUGCCUCUCCUACGCCCGAUGGGAAGAUAUAUAAGAUUAAGACAUAUAAUCCUUUGCAUUCCUGCAUAAGGACAUCCAAGAACUCCAAUGCCACAUCCACUUGGAUCGCAGACAAGUUAGAAAGCAAGUUAAAGGCUGACCCAAAUAUGAGUUAUGCCAGUAUGAAACAAGAAUUGUUGGAUAAUUAUGGCAUAGAACCGAGCAAUGUAGCUCAGCUUUAUCGUGCAAGAAAAAGGGUGAGACAAGACUCCAAAGGGGUUCAUGCACUUUCAUAUAAUGACUUACCGGCUUGGGCUAACCUUGCUAAGGAUACAAACCCUGGUUCCAUAAUUAAGCUAGAGUUGGAACCUAGGAUCAAUAAAAACCCUGAGUUUAAAAGGUUUUUUGUGUGCUUAGAUGCGAUGAAAAAGGGAUUUGUGAGAGGUUGUAGGCCUUGGUUUGGCAUUGAUGGCUGCCACCUCAAAGGACCAUAUGGAGGAGUAUUACUUUCAGCUAUGGCAGUUGAUGGAAACAAAGGCAUGUUCCCCAUUGCCUUUGCUAUUGUUGAAAUUGAAUGUAAAGAGUCAUGGAUGUUUUUCUUAUCAUUGUUGAAUGAUGCAUUGAGUUCUGUUCCUGAAUGGAAAGAUAGACAAGUGACAAUCAUGCCAGAUAUGCAAAAGGGGUUGCGAAAUUCAGUUGCAGAAAAAUUUCCUAAUGCCAAGCAUAGGUACUGUUGUAAUCAUUUGUUGAACAAUUUUAAGCUGAAGUUUAAAACACUGCUUCUUAGCACACAAUUCUGGGUUGUGGCAAUGGCUUAUAAUGAGUUUAUAUAUGGGAAAGCUAUGGACAAACUCAGAAAACUCAAUAUUGAGGCUGCAAAUUGGUUGUUAGAUCCUAAAAGGCCUAAAAGCAUGCGGGCAAGGCAUACUAUUGACCCUGAUUGCAAAUCUGAUCAUAUUGAUGAGUAG